GAGGUUGAACCGACAGGAAGAGUGGCGUAAACAUCAUUUGUUUCUUAACUUUACCCCAUGAAAAGUGAUGUGACGGGCCUGUUCCUUUAAGGACCACGCCGCACGCUCCAAUCACUUUCGCGUGUAUUGCCUCACUAUAUUUUGGCCAUUCUUCUUCAUCUCCAGACAUUAACGAUUGUUUUACCGCCUUUCUUAGCAAUCCAUCAUGGACAUAGAGGACGAAGAACAAAAGGGAGAAGAACAAUCUCCUGUUCAAAAGCACAAGAAGACGACCGAAAAUUUAAGGAAGAAAAAGAAUCCAAAGCAGUCAGACUACUUCAAGUGCUUUUACGAGGCAGACUACCUAAUUUUCAAAGGAUUUUGUUUCUUUAUUUAUGCUGCGUAUGGUGGUUUUAUUCCUUACCUUCCACUGUAUUUUAAACAGCUAUUCUUGGGCGCUAGUUACGCAGGGAUCAUUAUUGGUAUCCGACCUCUUAUUCAGUGUGUUGGAGCACCAUUCUGGGGAGUCAUAGCUGACAGAUAUCACGCGGGAAAAGUCAUAUUCUUGGGAAGUGUCAUUGCGUGGAUCGUGAAAGCUUUUCUUCUCCUUGCUGUGCGACCACACAAUCAACAAUGCAUUGAGAUAUACCUGAACGAAACAUCUAAUAUGAGUUACGUUUAUGCUUACGAUCUUUGGAACACAGAGGCUACCGAGGAACCAAAAUGGGUGGUUAUACCACUGCAUCAUCCAAUUAUGGUGGAAAAAAAUAGAAUUACUGUGGUCGAUACACAAGCAAACACACAAGCAAUCAAGGAUGAAACUGGCGAACUUCCCGAAGAAGUAUUAAUAAAGAAUGCGCCUCUUCAACAGAGGAAGCCCAGUCAUAAAAAUGCUUCCCGGCAUCACACGAAACCUAGAGGUAAACUGGGAGCCAUGACAGCGAUAGAGAAAAGAAAUAGAAGAAAUACGUCAAACCACGAUCUUGUUCAGGAUGCGGACAAAGAUAAAAAUGUACCUUCCAUACUUGGGGAAAAUCAGGUUGGAAAAAGGUUUGAACUUAAAUUUAGUCAUAUGGUGAAAGUUUACAGUGAAGAAUUAGAUGCCUCGGUAGAAUUUAUCACUCAAAUUGAUACGUACGAAAUUGACUUCAUGUUCGUCAUGUUUACGUUAAUUAUUAUCAUUGGGGAAUUUUUUGAAUCUCCGACCUACGCUUUGUCAGAUGCUUCUCUUCUCAAGAGACUUGGAGACGAUAGAGAGUACUACGGACGUAUUAGGAUGUGGGGCUCACUUGGCUGGGCCAUGGCGGCAACUAUGGUCGGACUUAUAAUCAAUUAUUCUACUUUCAAACUUUGCCAAUGGCAACAAAACAACUAUAUAGUUGCUUUUUUCGUCUUCAUCGGGUUUGUCGCAGCUGCAUUUGUAAACGCGUUGUGGUUUCGCUUUACCUACGAUGAAGAAAAAAAAUUUGAAGAUAUCGGAAAAGUUGCGCCAAUCCUUCUAAGCCUUCGUCACACUUCAUUUCUGAUGGCGACCUUGUACACGGGUUUCUGUUAUGGAAUACUUGUUCAUUUUGUUAACUGGGUUAUUGAUGAUCUAGGGGGAUCCAGUUCUAUCAUGGGGGCUGCGGGCGCUGCAAGAGAAAUAGCCGCUAUAAUCAUGUUUGCCAUGAGUGCUACAACUCUCCAAUCCCUUGGCGAUGUCAACGCAAUGGUAUUCUCUCUAUUAGCUUACAUUAUCUGCUUUAUUUGUUACUCUAAUCUUGAGAAUCCCUGGAUGGCUGUGGCAUUAGAACUGCUGGAUGGAGGAACUUAUGGUUUAGUUUGGUCCUGUUGUGUUCAUUACAUGAGUGAUGUUGGAACAAAGCUGGGUGUCGUGGAUACCACACAAGGGAUCCUUCAAGGAAUAUUCUGGGGACUUGGUAACGGUGGCGGUACUAUGAUCAGUGGUGCACUGAUCGAGUCGUUCGGCACUACGAACACGUUUCGUGCAUUUGCCUUGGGUGGUACUGUAGUGCUUGUUAUUCUCAUUCUUGCUCAGUACACGGCAGGUCUACUUGAGCGGAGAGAAAACAAACGUAAAGAGUACGAGUUACUCUCCGAGUCGGAGAGUGAUGGGUCAAAGAGUGAAGAACCGCAAGAGCAUUCAGAAGAGGGGGAAGGUGGAUAUAAAGGAAAACUGUCCAAAACCACUCACUGACAAGUGAUGUGCUGAUGGACUUUAUACAUUUGACAGUUUGACGAGCAGGCGCAGAGAAUGUUAAGGACCUGAGGACACAAUGAAACAACCAUCCAUAGUUUAUGAAGGUCCUCCGAUAUUUUUUUUUAACUAAUUAAUGAGGGAAAAAAGUCUGCAUGGAAAUCAUGAUUGGUGUACUUAAGCUGUUGCACUGGGGGGAAUAGUUUAUAUCAGUUGAAGGCGAUACAUACGACUUGAAUUGAAGAAAACAUUAUCAGAUUAAUAAUAAUUUAUUUCUAUGUUUAUUUGCGUUAUUUUUGGGAAAACUUUCUUACGGAAUCCAAUCUGGAAAUUAAAUUGGACCGGAUAUCAUUCAAUGCGAAUCCUUAUUGUGAUUUUUACUUAAUGUUUUCAUCCAAUUUUUAACAUAGAUUGCAUACGUAUUACAAAGUACCGUUAAUGGUGUAAAAUUAAAAGAACUGUUGUUGGUAAAUAAAAACAAGGGUCUCAGUUUGAUAGGAAUUAACCACUGAGUUGCCACGUCUAUCACAAGUCUCCCUACGCCUCAUUCUACUCUCAGAUGGCCUCACAGCUUUCGAAGCAAUGGUUAUUGAAGAAGGGAGAGGGUCACACUUAGACUACUUACCCUACCGAAAUGUUGAAAUCAAUGCUGUGUUCUACAUAAAUGGCAUUUUGCGGAAUUAGCAGGGAGGGAUUCAUGCCCUUUAGAUUUUUUGGAUAAAAAUUACUUGAUUUAUAAGGGUUGUACGAUGUUACAUUAACAGAGACGAGGGAUUAAGGGCACCUUAAGACCUUCCCCUAUCAAUUCCUUGGUGGAAAAACCAGCAGAU